AUGAGCAAGUGUGAAAUAAUUGUUUACUUUUCUGUUUAUUUAGUUUACAUUAUAAUUGGUCUCUAUAAAAUAUACGAACUACGCGAUCGUAUUUUGGAUGCGUCUCAAUUCCAGUUUGCCAGAGGCUGGCAAGUGUUUGGUGGCCGUCGGCGUGACGACAGCAACGAUGAGUUAGAGAAUUUUACAACAUUUAUUUCCACUUAUUGGCCAUACUACUUGUUGCACGUGCUUGUGGGUGCCGGUCUUCGUGGGAAGGAACUGCGACUGCAAUGCUAUGGGUCUGCAGGAGUUUGCGCGCUGGCGCUCUGUCUCAACUUGCAUUGGACUUCGCUGGUCAUGUGCGUCGCUCUAAUCUCCAGUUAUUAUUUGGUGGCACAGAGACAUUCGAAGGCAAUUUGGCUGCUCUCUGGAUUUUGGAUACUCAUAAUUAAUGUGAUAAAGAACAGUCAAUGGUGGCUGGACUUUGUUGGAUAUUCAGAGUUCGUGUUACUCCUGGUUUCGCUUUCCUGGAGUCUGCUGCGUGGAUGUAGCUAUGCGCUUACAUACAAGGGUGACAAAUCUGAUAAGUUGGCCGAAUAUUUAGGGUAUGCUUUGUAUUUUCCCACGCUGACGUAUGGACCAUUCAUCAGCUAUGAACGCUAUGCAGCCCGUCAGCACCAGGAUAAGCCAGUAAAUUGGUUAAAGUUUAGUAGCCACCUACUUCGGGUGGUCUUUUGGUGGCUUUUCAUGCAAUGCGCGCUGCACUUUUUUUACAUACACUACAUGGCACUGGAUGUGCGUGCUGUGGCCAUGAUGGACUCUGUCUUCUGGCAACAUGCUGCCGGCUAUUUCAUGGGUCAGUUCUUCUUUAUAUACUAUGUGAUUACUUAUGGGCUGGGAAUAUCUUUUGCCGAGAACGAUGGAAUACCGGCGCCCAGUCGUCCCCGUUGCAUCGGGCGUAUACAUUUCUAUUCGGAUAUGUGGCGAAAGUUCGACGAGGGUUUCUACGAAUUUCUCUUCAAGCAUAUCUAUUCCGAAAUGUGCGGCAAACGAUCAUCGGUGCGUGCGAAACUCGGCGCUAGUGCGGUGACAUUUGGAUUUGUCUUCCUUUGGCAUGGUUGUCACACAUAUGUCCUAAUGUGGAGUGUGCUGAACUUCCUCUGUCUAACAGCCGAGAAGUGCUACAAGACGCUAAUUGCUACGCCCGCAUAUAAGCAAUGGCUGACAAAGUACUUUAGUGCGAAAGGCGCUCAACGUUUCAAUGCGUUGCUCGGUACACAACUCUUUAUACCCGCCGGAUUCUCCAAUGUUUACUUCAUCAGCGGGAAGGAUGUGGGCGAUUUCCUGAUGCGUGGCGCCUAUAUGAGUGGCGUAGGUAACUAUCUGGCUCUGAGCUUCUGCAGCUACUGUUUCUUCCAGUGCUCUGAGCUGCUGCUGAUCAAAGCGAACAAAAAGACUACAAAAAGUGAUUGACCUCCGAUGAGUUUGUCGACAGACAUACUUGUUUUAAGAUAUAAACAAAUGUUCGCUAUUAUUAUACAAAUAUAUUAAACUUAAACUGUAAUAAAAAAUAAAAAUAAA